CAUCGUACGGCCUCCAAGUCGAAUCCCACCCGGGACGAUUCCGAUUGUUCCGGAAGUCCCUGCACAGUAGGUCAAGGUCAACGGCCGGCUUGCCAGGAAAAUACUUUCAGCUCUAGCCCACUGCCUAAUUACGGUCUUUAAAAGGCGAUCAGGAUUAGGAUGGAGACGGCGCGGCCAAGGCAAGCUGAACCAUCAUCAUGGCCAAGAGGAGCUCUCCUUCCCUUCGCCGCGUGUUUGCGACGACGACGAUCGCUCUGGCAGUCGUCUUCUCCGGCUCCGUCGUCGUCGACUGCUCGGAGGUCAAAGAUGACGCGGCUGCAAUUCCGGACGGAGGGCGCGAGGGCUGGACGCCGCCGGCGCCGCGGCCGGGCACCGUGCGCCACAUGUGCCCCGACCCGGAACCCGAGUGCGGGCACCCCGGCGCCGGCGGCGGCGCUCCGCCACCUCCGCCGCCCGCGCCGCACCGGAAGGUCGGCCGGAGCGGGUAGGGACGCCGGUGAUUAGCGGUCUGAUGAACUGAUGACCCUCUUAAUUACCACCACCGUACCUUGUGAUAAGCAUGUACUCGUACAAUAUGAUCGAUGCUGCUUCUGUAGUGCUGUAAGCCAUACCUCCAAGAAAACGUUCCGUGUUUAGCAUCAGCUUGCCUGUCAGUGUGCCGUCGUCUUUUUUUUUUAAAAAAAAUUCCAGUGUGCCGUCGU